CCCUUAAAGUUUGAUCCAGAUAGAUGGGAUAACUCAGCAAAGAAUACUAGUCCCUACGCUUAUUUGCCAUUUCUUAGAGGACCACGAACUUGUAUUGGUUCGAAAUUUGCUACAACCGAAAUGAAAUGCUUGCUGUCUCUACUAUUCAAUAAUUUCUUAUUUAAACCUUAUCCAAAUCAAGCGGUUGAAAGAAAAUAUCAAUUUACAAUGAGA